AGUCGAUCAUAGCGAAACAGCUGUUGACAUUUCUCCAACAACAAAGCAAAAUAUAAAUAAAAGACAUACCAUUUUAACGCCGCUCCAAUUAGAUAACUCAGCUCUAAAUUCAUUGGCACAUCAAAAGAUAAGUUCUAAUUUCACAAAAAUGAGGAGAAUGACGCGAAUAUCUUGUGGCUAUUAUAGAAAUAGUCGUCAAAGCUUUGAGCAUACCGCUGCUGCUGUUCGAGGCGUAUAUACAACCACAAUAAAAUCAACGCCCUUCUUGCAAUUGGAGAAUGAAACGCAGAAUAUUUUCCAACAUUUAUGCAGCCAGCAGAGACGAGCCUAUGCUCCCAAUACAACGGCCAUAGCGAACAAGUGUUGGAACUGCAAAAAAGAAGUGCCCCAGGAUAUGACUUGUUCGCAUUGCCAUCAUUUGCAAGAUGUUAACUCAGAAGUUAACUAUUUUGAAUUGCUGCAGUUUCCUCAAAGUUUCGCCCUGGAAACUUCAGCAUUGACAAAACGUUUCCGCCAGCUGCAAUCAGUAGUGCAUCCUGACAAAUUUAGCAACAAGUCCUCACGUGAGCAAACAAAUUCCGCCGACUGGAGUUCCUUAAUCAAUAAAGCCUAUAAAACUUUAUUAAUACCCAUAGAACGUGGCCAAUAUUUAUUGAAACUAAAUGGUCGACAAAUACCUCAGGACAACAGUGCUUUGGAUAAGGAAUUUCUAAUGGAAAUGAUGGAACGCAAUGAAGAAGUGGAAGAGGCCAAUAGCAAAAAAGAAUUGGAAGAAAUUCAUGAACGAUUAUCGGGCGAGUUACACGAAAAGGUGGCAGUUUUGGCAAAAGUUUUCGCUGACAACAAUUUAGAGAAGGCUACCUCGUUGCUGGUGGAAAUGAAAUACCUGUUGAGUAUACAGAAAACAAUUAAAAACAAACUGCAGUCCUUAAUGGGAAGCUGAAUUAGUUAUGUUAUAUAAAUCAUGUUUGCUAACUUAGAAUAAUAAAUUAAAUAUGAGAUAUGGUAGCUGUAGUAAUGGCAUCUAA